UUUUUUUUCUUUUUUCUCUUUAAAUAGAAUAAACUACGUCAGCGCUCUCACUUUUUCUCUCUAACCAGCACAGGGGAAGAACUCUCCCUAGUAUUCAUUAUUAUUUUUAUUUAGACACGAAAACUGAAUUAAGAACAGCAAGCAAAAGCAAGCAAACAGGGAAAUGGGGAAUGGGGAAUCAACAUAUGAUGAUGCUUCUCAGGACGGCUCUGUGCAUGAACCGCCUUCCUAUGCAGGGACUUCAAUGGGUUCUAAUCAUCCACCAAAGCGACAAUCCACACACAUAGCCGAUAACUUUAACUCUUUGGAUCAGGUUAUUUCGGCAUUGAGAGAAGCUGGCCUUGAAUCAUCAAAUUUAAUACUUGGUGUCGACUUCACAAAGAGCAAUGAAUGGACAGGAAGAUAUUCAUUCCAUAGGAAAAGCCUUCAUGCAAUUGGUAGCACAUCUAAUCCUUACGAGCACGCGAUCUCAAUAAUUGGCCGUACAUUAUCUCCAUUUGAUGAAGAUAAUCUAAUACCUUGUUUUGGAUUCGGCGAGGCAUCAACGCAUGAUCAAUGCGUGUUCAGUUUCUAUCCUGAGGGUCGAUAUUGUCAUGGUUUCGAGGAAGCUCUUGCACGAUAUAGGGAGAUUGUUCCCUUUCUAAAGUUGUCAGGUCCGACCUCAUUUGCCCCCAUAAUUGAUGCGGCAAUUGACAUUGUUGAAAAAGGCAACGGGCAAUACCACGUUCUUGUCAUUAUUGCAGAUGGACAGGUUACUAGGAGCCCUGAUACUCCUCCUGGAAGAUUCAGUCCACAAGAACAAGCGACUAUAAAUUCCAUUGUUGCCGCUAGUCAAUAUUCUCUCUCAAUUAUCUUGGUUGGAGUUGGGGAUGGACCAUGGGAUGCAAUGCAGCAAUUUGAUGAUUAUAUUCCACAGCGCUCAUUUGACAACUUCCAGUUCGUCAACUUCACCAAAAUCAUGUCAGAGAACACAAAUGCAUCAAAGAAGGAAGCAGCGUUUGCACUUGCUGCCCUCAUGGAAAUUCCAUUUCAGUACAGAGCCACCCAAAGGCUUCAUUUAGUCAGUCGCGAACCUGUAGCUGGUCCUAGUACAAGGGCACUUCCACCUCCACGUGAGGUGAUGAAUCAUGAUAUUGCAGUUAAUUCAAUCCCACCCAUGGUGAACAUUCAGCAAGUCAAGCCCACAGCUCCUACAGCUCCCGAGGAACCGGUCUGUCCCAUUUGCCUGACAAAUCCAAGGGAUAUGGCUUUCGGAUGUGGUCAUACGACAUGCAAGGAUUGCGGGCUUAGUCUUGUAUCGUGCCCUUUGUGUCGGGAACCCAUAUCAACACGCCUGAGACUAUAUACUUGAGAGUUGGGGAUUGCUUGGUUUCUUUGAUGGCUCAAAACUUAUUAAGGUGCUGUUGCUGCUAAUGAAAAUCCCACCGCAGAUAUUGUAUGUACUAAUCUCUUGAGCUAUUUGCUUGAUACAUUACUUUGGAGUAUCAUAUUUUGUAAGUAGCCUUUGUUUACCGCCAGCAAGCCGAUUUCAUUGGUUUUACUUUGUUGAACAUAUUUGCUGUGGCCACAUAUUUAUGUAUCAUGUUACUAUCCGGA